GACAGACAGUUGCAGAAGUUAUAAAUAUAUAAUUAAACGAUUUGCAAAACGUAUGAGUCGCUGUGCAUUAAAACAGACUCAUGUAAAAAAAAUUGUUCCUGCUCCAAGGAUCGAUCUUGUCGAAAGUUGAGGAUCGAAAAUGUCUGAACUUUAGUGACUCCCCCAAUGCCAAAUGAUAGAUAACGCUUCAGUCAUUCAGUUUUAAACCGAAAUGAGUCAAGCUAGGACCGCCAGAGAAAGGGUUUGCCUUUCGAUAGUACAGAAGAAUCUGUUGAAGGAGAAUAAAAUGGUAGGUUGUGGAAGCAGGAGACAGGUCAGAGAUGUGAAAGUGUUGGCCGAGAGGAACCCCGCUGUGGCGCCUGUGGGUGUUUGGGUCGAGAGCGGAGAAGAGUGUCAGGAGCAUCCCGCAGCCCAGGCUUUGCUCACAGCAGAGUUUAUGGAAGAAACCCGUCGAGAGAAAGAGGAGAGCCUGCGCCGAUUCCAAGAUGCUGUUCGUGAGCGUGUGUCACAGCAGGCCCAACUGCGCAAACAACAGCAGCUCAUCAGAUCAUACCAGACCGUUGAAUGGGAGGGCAAAAUAUUGCAACUGACCACCAAAGCAGUCCAUCGUCCUUUACCUCAAACCAAUGUAUUUCCUUCAUGGACAUAUGCAGAGCAAGUUAUCUGCAGUCCCAGCUCUCACUCUGCCAGUGUUGACGGGACGGAGUCUUCUUCUUCCCGACACCUUACACAUAACGUCAGUAAAGUCAGGAAGCAUGUGAGGCACAGACUAGCUGCUCGCCAGACAGUGCAAGACGGAGAGGAUUUAUCGCAGCUACCUGGUGGGAGAUGGAAAAUAUCUCCUGCUAGAAAUAAACCUGAAUCACACACUUGGAAAGAUCAGAAAGAUUAUACUGAAAGAGGAGAGGAGGAUGUUGAAGCGGAAGAUGAGAUGCUGUUGGGGCAACAUGAUCAACCUCUCCAUUUGCAUCACCAACAAAGCAAGACUGUAACUUUUCAGAACGAUAUGAUUUAUGAGCCAGAUCGCACUGCUUCCUGCACAGGCUUCACAACUGACUAUAGAGCUUCCCAAGUGCUGUGGCCGCAUGAGAAUCAGGAGGAGCUGAAGAGGCAGAGGCAGUCUCAGUUCCUUAUGUAUCGACGACACUUCAUGGACAUCGAGCGAGAGCAAGUGAAGGAGCACAAAAGGCACAGGAAACACAUCAAGAGAACUGCAAGGAUUAAGAAUGAAAAAGAACACGCCAGGAAAGCAGAGGAGAAGAAGAUGGAGCAGCAGCGACAACAGGAGGAAGAAAGAAAAGACGAGGCUGAGAGGGAGUAUUUGAUUUUGGAACGAUUGAGACUUGAUGAGGAGGAGGAGGCAGAAGAGAAGGCACAGAGACGAGAAAGGACAAAGAGGAUUAAAGAAAGCAAACGGUACAUUCAGGCAAUGCGGGCUCUAAUGAAGGAGAAGCUGGAGAAAGACAAAGUGGAGCUGCCUGCUCUGUGCUGCUGUGGAGACACUUUUUGGGACAGCAAUCCUGAGACCUGCGCCAACAACUGCAUCUUCUAUAACAAUCCAAAAGCGUAUGCACAGGCUCUACAGUCUGUCUUGUUGAGCUGUGAUCUGAAAGAAGGAGGACAGUAUUCAUCUACCUGGAAGACAUCUGCUCUGGAUUUCCAGUCACACAGAAAGUGAUUCUAUUCAUCUUAAAAGUCAAUAUUGAACACGUUUUGCUGUGUUGACUUAACAUUUAGGAUCUUUUUUUUUUAUUUGCACUAAUGAACCGUUUUAAAUAAACCAACAUACCUCAGUUUGAACUACAUUUUGAUUGUUUUAAUAAAUGUUACUAAAAUAGCAAA